AUGCACGAAAUGGGGGACCCCAGCUGGCGCCGGGCCUGCGACCUGCUCGCCAAGCAUCUGCAGUCGCUGGGGCAGAAGAUAACGGCGAUACGCCGCAUCACCAAUCGGCGCAGCUCCGUCGAGGAGAUCAAGAAGGAGCGUGAGGAGGUGAAGCGCAUCACACAUGACGCCAACGCUACCGAUGUGCAGGACAUCCGCAAGAUCGUAAAGUCGUUUGAGCGCUUCAUCUUACUGGACAAGAGCCUUACCGACGAGGGUAAAAAGCUUGCCAAAGACGCUGAGAUGAUUCUCAAGGACUACGAGAGGACCUGCAACGACUUCUACCGUAAGUGUAUGCACGGCGAGUCGGCAAGGGGCACUCAAACCAACCGCGCGCUUCGGGCAUUCCGUGAGGCAAGCGAGGAUGACGACGAAAAUGAAAGGCAGUCGCUGUUGAGAACGGAGUCCCCGCAACGGGUGCAGUUUGAGCGGGACAUGUACGAGGAGCUCAUGCUAGAGCGCCAGCGCGAGACAGGCGAGAUCGCGGAGAACGUGCGCGACAUCCACGAAAUUUUUCAGCACAUCAACGGAAUGGUCAACGAGCAAGGGGAGCAGCUCGACAUUGUGGAGAAUAACCUCUCCACCGCAGAGCGCGCCACUCGCAACGCCUCGCAGCACCUACGCCGCGCGCAGCAGUAUCAAACAACAUCCUCCCGGAACAAGAUGCUCUUCAUAUGCAUGAUGAUCAUGCUUGCCAUCGUUAGCAUCGGUCUGCUCAUGAACUGA